AAAACGAAGGUAAAACGGUAAUUUUAUUUUACCACAUUUCUCCAAAAGACAACAACAACACUGAGAGCUAAUUCUCUCCCCUCUGUGACCUGUGCGUUAAAUGCCAAUAUAACUAUCCAUAGACAUUUCUUUCCAAGAAAAUCAAUAAUGGCUGAGUCUGGAAACAGCUACAGAAGCAGUAGAAAUGGAUCAUCAUCGUCUUCUUCAUCAUCACCAUCAUCAUCCCCAAUAGUCAACAUGUCCCCAGACCAUCUCUUCACAGUCUUACUUCAACUCCCAAUUGAUUCGCUUCUUUCCUUUGCCAUGACCUGCAAGAGAUUCAGGUCCUUGGCAAGCUCUGAUACACUGUGGGAGUCCAUAUGCAAGAGAGAGUGGGGACCUUCAUCAGUUGAUGCUUUAAAGUCUUGUAUCAACAAUCAACAGUUGCCAUGGAUGAGAAUAUACAAGCAGGUUUCGCAGCUUGACUCAAUUUCUUGCCAAAAGCUCACUUUGUCUGAAUCUGUAGGUCCAUGCCCAAGAGCUUCUCACUCUCUCAACUUUCUUUCUGAUUUCUUGGUUUUGUUUGGCGGUGGCUGUGAGGGAGGACGCCACCUUGACGACACAUGGGUGGCGUAUAUUGGGAAAGACUUUCAAAGGGCGAUCAAGUGGCAGAAGGUGGAAUCAGGAGUUCCAAGUGGGAGAUUUGGGCAUACAUGUCUUGUCAUUGGCCAUCAUCUUGUUCUAUUUGGAGGGAUCAAUGACUGUGGGAUCCGUCAAAAUGAUACAUGGGUUGGGCAACUAGUUGUCAGUGAUAACCUUUGUAUUUCGCUCUCAUGGAGGCUGCUAACAGUGCAAUCACUUGCGCCACCACCUCGAGGGGCUCAUGCUGCCUGUUGCAUUGAUCAAAGGAAGAUGGUUAUCCAGGGGGGAAUCGGGGUAUAUGGAGUUAGAUUGGGUGAUACCUGGGUUUUGGAACUUUCAGAAAAUUUUUGUUUUGGAACAUGGCGCGAACUUGUGACUCAUCCAUCACCUCCUCCUCGUUCAGGACAUUCAUUAACUUGUACUGGGGGAACUAGAAUGGUCUUAUUUGGUGGAAGAGGAGUGGGUUAUGAGGUGUUAAACGAUGUCUGGCUCUUGGAGAUAUCUGAAGAUCAGCUAAAAUGGGUACAGUUGCUCUAUGAGUUACAAAACAUACCUGAUGGAAUCUCCCUUCCCCGAGUUGGCCACUCUGCUACAGUAAUUCUGGGGGGUAGGCUGCUAAUCUAUGGAGGUGAAGAUUCAUACAGGCAUAGGAAGGAUGAUUUUUGGUUGCUAGAUAUUAGUUCAAUUGUAUCUUCUCGAGUCCAAGCAACUGCAAUGCAAGCAAAAAUGUGGAGAAGACUGAAAACAAAGGGUUAUAAACCUAACCGCAGGUCAUUCCAUCGAGCAUGUGCUGAUCAUUCAGGGCAUUACUUGUAUGUGUUUGGUGGGAUGGUAGAUGGCUUACUUCCGCCUUCUGAAGCAUAUGGGUUGAGGUUUGAUGGAGAGCUUUUCCUUGCAGAACUUGGAACUCUGCUUUAGAAAGGAAAACAAAAGGUACUACAAAAGGUACUAAGCUAUAAUUGAAUAAGUUUUGAGAAUGCUAAUUUUGCAUAUAUACCUCAUUAGCUGCUGUGCAUAGGGUUCAUGCAUCAAUGUUCAUAGAAAUAAGUGGCUUUUUAGGGCCUGUUAGUGAUGUCAAAUCAAUUUUCUGAAGACCAAGAAGAGCAGGUUCAAGUGUGUUGGACGUGACAGUUAGAUAGGAUUAGCUUACAUUCUUGUACAAUGCAAUGGUUAGGAACUGAAGAAUAAUUAAUAUUAAUGUAAGAGAACCUGUCUCCAGUUUAUCUCUUAAUGACAUUAGUUAUAACAAAUAUUUGGUUAAUCUAAUGCAUGCUCUUCAAAA